AUGUUUCUCAAGGCGCAGUUGCAAUGGAAUGUUGUAGUUCCCGCUGAAAAACUUGACAAAGGACUAUCAUUGAAGAAGGAAAUCGUUGUUCGCCUCUUAGACACAUUUGCUGCCACCAAAGCUACAAGCUCUCUUGGUUAUCUGCUUGCAGUAACCACAUUGGAAAAUCUGGAAAAAGGAAAAGUGAAACGGGACACAUCAGGAGAUGUCGUUUUUCCAGUCACUUUCUCGUGCAUGACCUAUAAAAUUUUUGUGGGCGAGAUUGUGGAGGCUGAAGUGCACAAGAUUCUGAAGCAAGGGGUGUUCCUUAGGUGCGGACCAGUUGAGAACAUUUUUCUAUCUCGUUUUAAGAUGAAGGGUUACAAAUUUGUGGCUGGUGAAAAUGCGAUUUUCGUGAGUGAGGAAUCAGGGAAGAUUGAGAAAGGUAUGAAGCUGCGUGUUGAGGUGAUUAGCGUCAAGUAUAUGGAGAUUGAGAAGGAAUUCCAGGCGCUCGCCAACUUGAAUGGUGAUUUUCUGGGGCCUAUAUAG